AUGGACGUCGACAGCUUUUCUCGCGCAACUUUUGAUGCCAAGUACAAGUGCCUUAAAAUACUCCAUACAGGAGCUAGUGGACGGGUACUCUUGGCCCAGCCAAAGGCGAAAGACCUAAAGUACUCUCAAGUCGUGGUAAAGGAAUUUCAAUGCGCCAAGCUCGAUAAGCCCAUGUAUAUGGUAAUGCUGAAUGAGAUACAUAUGCUGACGGCUCUUCACUGCCCCCGGAUUCCGCAAGUCAUAGAAACCUUCUAUGCCGAGGAUGAACACAAGAUUUAUCACGUGAUGCAAUACUGCCCAAAUGGCCCACUGAGCGUUUACAUGCGUCGAGCACGCGCCAAUAAGAAGCGCGUCCCAGAAGACAUCAUUUGGAAGGUGCUAGUUGGCGUUUUGGAGGCGUUGGCAUACCUCGAGACGUAUAACAUAGAAAAGAGCUGUGUGCACAGAUCAAUAAAACCUGACAAUAUAUUGAUGGAUUCUAAUUACGUCGGUAUGCUCACUGACUUUGGUAUUGCAAAGGAAAAGUAUAAAGACGACUUUCUUAAGCAACUCUGUGGAAGCAGGAAUUACCUGUCUCCAGAGAUGCUUGCGCGCAAAGAGUAUAAAGAGGGGGUUGACAUCUGGGCGCUGGGGGCUGUCAUUUAUGAGCUAUGCACCUUAGUUCCACUAAUUACAGACGCCCUUCAAUGGGAGGAAGAGCACAAUGUUACAAAUAAUCUACCCAAUCCUGCUACUGCUAAUCUAGUCCCUGUUACGUUAGAGUCCAUUGGUCCUCUUUGCCCAAAGCCGUCCUCUUCUAGGAUAGAGGCCGCCAAAGACGCUAGGAACCCUAUAUAUGUGCAAGAAUUCAUAACCAGCAUCAGUUUAGCCUGUCGCUCAUCAAAGGACACAACCCCAUACAGCCAAGAUCUACAUCACACUCUCCGUCUUAUGCUCCAGGUUAAUCCUCAGAACAGAGCCUCUGCUAGUCUGCUUCUUGCAACCCCUGUUGUGGCUGCUAUUCGGCGAUAUCUCUCCGAAACGACUAACAUUGUUCUUGAUUACCUCAAGGAGUGUACUUGCGAUGACGCUGUGCUUCAAUACAAGGUUAUCCGCAGAUUGUAUAGGAAUAGGACAGGAACGCACGUGAUAGUUAAAAAGCACACUAGUGGCGCACUCUUUUGGGCAAAGGAGAUACGCGUGGAGGAUGAUACAGGCAACACAAUUGUUGCCACAGCGCACGAGCAUAUUUUAUAUCAGAAAGGUCUGGAACAUCCUGCAGUAAUACCCUGUAUUUGCAGCAUAUAUAGCAGCACAACGGGACGUAUUUUAUUUAUCUAUGAUAACAGCGAUAUGUGCUUCGAGCAGCAUCAAAUUGGUAAGCCCCAGCUCAGCAACAUGGUCUUCCUGGACGAGUUCAUAAAGUAUAAUCGUGAGCAGAAACAGCAGCUACCCGAGUACAUCAUCUGGACCAUUAUACUGCAGCUUCUUGGGCUUUUGGAGUGGCUCCAUGACACUAAGCGAAUCGUAUUUCGUUACCUUUCGCUGGAGACAAUACUGAUAAACCCAGUGACUCACGCCAUCAAGAUAUUUGAUUUUGGACUCUCCACACUCUACCGCUACCCCAGUGGGCGGGUUGGCAGCAUUGAGUGCAUGGCUCCAGAGGUGCAAAACAAGCUAGAGGUACAAAUGGGGAGCAUCAAUGAAACUAAGCUCUAUCAUUUCCCCUCUCAUCAUACGUAUACUAACAAAUGCGAUCUGUGGAGUCUUGGCUGUGUUAUGUACCGAAUGAUGACUUACUUGCCUUUCUACUCCCGCUACUUUAAUCGAGCCAAGGCAAGCUAUGGACAUCUGAAAAAUAUCACAUUUGAUAACAAGUUUGUCUUCUCUUACACCCCUUACUCUAAGACUCUUGAAACAACCGUUCGACUGCUUCUAGUGAAGGAUCCCGAAGCGCGCUAUGGUGCAUCACAGUUGCUUAAGAAAAUCAGCUUAUCGUGGUUGGAAAAGAGCAUCUUCGGCUCGCCCACUAGCAUUGAGCAGCGAAGCCUUUCGUCUUCAUAUUCACUUGAGGCGGUGCUCGCCGACACCCCUCUCUUUCAAGAGUUUGUCUUGUUAUCGACAGAGGUAACCGGCGCCACUGAAUAUUCACUAGCAUUUCAAAGUCUUCAAUUCACAGACUUGACGAUAAACCGCAGCCAGCCGGAGGAUAAGCGGUUUGUUGCUCGAGCCCUUCGUAUAUCCCCAGAGAAUUUUAUCUCUGGGGAUUUAUCACCAUAUGUACUUUCCCAGAUCAAAUUUUCUCGCUUGUUAACGGAUGAUUGCUUUGUUCCAGUGAUAGACACCUUCUUUGACCCACAGCUUGGCCUCAUUCUUGUCUAUGACUGUAACCCGGCUAUGUCGCUUUCUUCUCUGUGUGAGCAACGCUUUCAACAUAACCACACGUUUCUUGAGCAGGAGAUUUGGUCCAUUAUGGCGCAGGUUCUUGUCGCUGUUGCUAAAGCACACAGCUUUUCAAGCAAUGGGCUCCGUCUGGGCUCUAUCUAUCUCACUAAUCUGACACCUGAUAGCAUCUUUAUUGGAUUGGAUGGUAGCGUAAGAGUGCUUCUGACAGGGCAUGCACAGGAACACGAACAAGCCGGCUCUCUAUCAGCGACCUUUGCAGGAGCAAUACCCUACUCUGCUCCAGAAAAGCUUGGCCUUAUAGGCCAGCCCAGUAUUGGAAUUGAUGGCUUUAACGAAAAGAAUGAUAUCUGGGCAUUGGGGUGCAUUCUUUAUAAGCUCUGCAGCGAUGGACGCUCCUUCUAUGACGAGUACAACGAGCAUCGAAGUACAGUUAUUUCCAGCAAGCAGAUACGCAUACUUAUUGAGGGCUUUAUUCAGUGGAGCGACUCGCUUAUUAAGUUCAUGGAGCUGAUGCUGACAGUUUUACCGACAGAAAGGCCAUCUGCUGACGUUCUGCUGGAAUAUCCUUAUCUUACCAAGGCUAUCUUGCCAUAUAUAGGGCCUUUCCCAUUAGUCUUAACGCAGAAGAAAUUUGACCGGCGAUACUUGGUUUUAGACCAGUUCAUGGAUGAAACAUUGCUUUCUGCUGAUGGGGACCUACUUUCUCAUGAAGAUAUGUCCGUUAUGAACCUUUCAAAAACCACCUCCACAUCUGAGUUACCUCAUCCCUCUGUCGACCCGCUUAUGGCACAGCAGACACAGCAACUGUCCACUUGCACUAUAGAUACGUCUACCACUGUUUCCUUAAAGGUCACCCUCAAGAAGGACGAAACAAAGCACUUCAUGGUGAAAGAGUUCCCGGUGAAUAAGUUGCUUCCGCUGUCUGUGCAAGAGCUUUGCGAAGUGAUUACAGCUAUGCGGACUCUGUCUUGCGAUCUACUUGAGAAGCCUGUCGAUAGCUUUAUAGACAAUAGUUAUGUCUACGUUAUAACCGAGUACGCCCACGACUUUCCCCUAUCUACUCUUCUGCAGCUCAACAGAGAGCAGCGUGCAUACAUACCGGAAAGAACUAUUUGGAAAGUUGCUUGUAUGCUUCUAUCUGUUAUCCAGCACGCAUGUGAUCACAAUUAUAUCUAUGGAGCCAUCAGUCCUGCGAACAUAUUACUGAUUUCGAGCGGAAAGGCUUCGGAACCUGAGUCCCCGGACUACGCAAGUCUACGAAGUGACUACUCUGCAAUUCUAUCUGACUAUAGUAUGGCGCAUCUCUAUGGAGACCAUUUCACGCGAACCAUUCUGCCUAACUAUGAACCUUAUUUAGCUCCAGAGGUGCUGGCUGGGAAAUCAACAAGUGAUAUCUUCUUCACAAAGACCUCCGAUAUUUGGGCCGCUGGAGCCACUCUUUUUGAGAUGUGCUUCAAUAUAUCCUUCAGUCAGUACUUAAUGGAGAACGAGUCUGCGGCUUCUGCACUACGGCUAGGAAAGCAAUUCAAAGUCCCAGUAGCUCCCUACUCUCGAGAGCUAAUUGAGAUGAUUCGAAUGAUGCUUGUAGUCGACAGCUCUAGAAGACAGACAGCACAACAGCUUCUGCAUAGAUUCUCUUCUAUCUUCAGCGCCGUUGGGACUGUUGGCCUCUCCAACUUUGUGCUUCCAUUUCCCAUUCCAUGCAGAAAUCUAAACCAGUACUCUACUUUGAAAGUUAUUUCUGAGGAUAAAGACAAUGGCUGCAGCUUACUAAAGGUAAGGAGGACUGCUCAAUCAGCCACUCCAACUGCUCUAACCCUUACACGUAACCGCUCGAUUCAGCCUUCCUAUGACUACGACCCCGAUUCUGAUGAUACAGUGUAUUUUUGUCAAGAGGUAAAGCUGGUCCCGAAAAAUCAGCGCAUAAUUCAUCAACUUUUGCUGCUGGGAGCCUCGCUCUUCUUCUACCAACAGAAGGCCGUUUCGGCCGUUGAACAUCCCAGGCCUACCAGUUCGAAGCAAACCGGGCUAGAAUUCCCGUUUCUUGCUAACUUGGUGGACGUGUAUGAUGACCUGAAAAGAGGAUGCAUGUGUCUCAUUACCGAAGCCACAGAUGAUGGCACAGUGGAUGACCUAUUGGUCACUUUGCGGGCUUCAUCUACCGGACUUUCACAAGCACAGUUCUUUGUCAUUUGCGACCAGCUGAUGCAGGCAUUGGAAAGAGUGUAUAUGCCCGUUCCUUUUUACGUUGCAACCAUGCCAAAGCCCUUAAAUCUCAAGUUCUGCCAUGGUGGUUUGCUUUCAUCAAAUGUCAUGCUGCUGAGCAAGGGGAGCAUUAAGCUGAACAUCUUUCAUGCUCUCUACUCUCUCGGACUCCCGGUUAGUGCGCAAACAAAGGCGAUUCUUGGAGAUGCCUAUGUCGACUCCUAUGCAACUAUAGAUUAUAAUCUGGACUUCUGGUGUCUCGGUGUAUUGCUUUUUACUCUUUAUACCCAUAAAGCUUUCUGCACCGCUUUAUCGAGCUACUUAUCCAACAAGAACACGAAAGGAUCGUUGCGUCAACAACCAGAGUUGUCCAGUACUAUACUGCAAACGCUUCAAACUACGCCCCUAGAGGAGCUAAUAGACUUCUCCCUUCCCAUUUACCUUAAUCAUCUAAAGGCAACGAAGGAACAUAUCAAUGUAACAAAGAUUAUUCGAAUGCUAUUUUGUGGUACAACGGACCCUUUGGCAGAUCUAUUCUCUAUGCGGUGCAUAAUCAAUCCUGAGCUCGCUAAGAUAGAGUCGCUUGUAGAGGAAAAACUGAAUGAAGACGAAGCCGCAGUUGAUCUGUCUGCUUCUGGAAAGAUAGAAGAAGAUGCACCUCUUCAAGCUCAGCAUUCUCUGAGCUUUGCAGAUAGCAGAAAACUCACGCUGCGUGAUGAUACUAGUGAGUUGGUAGAUUCAGUCAUUCAUCGAUCUAACAUUAAUUCAACAGAGCCCUCUACGCAAACGCUGCUUGUAGGUGUAACUGAGAACUCACUACUAGCCGGAAAGGAACUAGAAAAGGAGCAAGAUCGGUACUCCAGCACCCCUGCUUUGGAGCAUCUAGAGCCACAAGUGGAGCAAUCGAAAGAAGAAGAAGAGCAAGAUAAACUCAUAAAGCUCGUGAAGAAGAAGUUUGGCUCAUCGGUGCUUCGCAGCAAAUAUAUAAUAAUGACUGACGAAGAAUCCAGCACAUUGCAUGGUGACACAAUUUUAGUAAGGCCCCUGAAUGCAUCUAUAGCUGCAAAGGAACUGUUUAGAUGCCAGUACAUUGAUUUGCUAAAUAUAAAGCCUCCAGAGCUUCGAAACGCUAUCAUUCUAGAGACACAGCUUCUCCUGAGCUUUAACCAUCCCAAUAUUCACAGAUUCAUAGACGCCUUCUACGACAAAGAGGUUAAGAAGUUAUGUGUUAUCAGUGAGCGGCUUUCCGACUUCACCUUGGCUGAUGUCUUACUGUUAUACUCAGAUGCAAAUAAGCCAGUAGAAGAGUACAGCAUAUGGAAGUGUGCUGAAGAACUUCUUGCAGCGCUCUCUUACAUACAGGAGUUCAAGAACUCACAGGGUCAAGUUGGUACCUUUGCUAACCUAGCAAUCUCCCCUAACAAUCUCAGGUUUUGUUUUACAGACGACUCUGAAAUUAGGAUUGGAACGCUGAAACUAUGUGACUUCACGUGCUGUGUCUAUUUGGGAGACCCAACUGGGUCGCAGGAGCUCAAUAGUCAGACAGCAAUACUCUCUACAGAUGAUAUGUACAUGUCCCAGGAUGCUCUUCGCACCAAGUAUGGCUACAGACAGACAUAUGAUGCCCUUCUGCAGGACACUUGGUCGGUGGGGGCUGUUUUGUACGAAAUGGCCACACUAAAGCAAGUUUACGCCACAUUUUUCAAUGCAGACAUGGCUUGCUAUGAUGUCUCCUGUAUUGAUAUUAAUUUCAAGCAUGAUAUAUGGGCUGCACCACGAAACUAUACUCCUGCCUUGAAUACUCUUAUAUCUGUUAUGCUCAAAGAACAGACUAAGGUUACCCUGCUGGCAGCUAUGACUGCAGCAUCAGACACCCUGCAAAACAUGCGGCUCCUCAACUCUAAGAUGCCCAAGAGGCGUCUAAGAGAUGACUAUGAAAUCUUGGACUUUCUCUGCGACAUGAAUAUUUCCAAACUAUACAAGAUAAAGAACUUGUUAAAUGGACAUAUACUCACCUGCAAGGAGACAAGGUUCACGUCAAUCGACGCAUAUGUCGUUCAGCUACUGGACUCUGAAACUACCAUUUUAAGGAAGGUAAUGCACGAGAACAUCGCGCCUUUACUAGACUACUUCUACGACGGAGACCAGUACUCUGCAUAUAUCAUUACUGAGUUCUUCGUUUUUGGGAACGUUGCAUCGCUCAUAACACGCUACUUGGAGAAAGGAGCGCCUGUACCAGAGGCUACCAUAUGGGGCAUUGCAUGUGAAACCCUGAAGGGUUUGGAGUAUCUCCACUCUACUGAAAAAGCAGAGCUUACUGGGCUUAAGGUAGUUCAUAGAAACAUCCGUCCCGAAGCACUAUUUCUAACAAAAGAUGGAAAGGUGCACAUCUUCGACUUCUGCCUGGCAAAGACUAUAUCAUCGCCUGGAGCACGACAUGGCACAAUAAAGGAUCGGAUAUACGCAUCAGCAGGAACCAUCGGGUACAUGGCUCCAGAAGUUCUUGCUAUGCAGAGCACUGACCAAGACCAGAGCCCAGCCACCGACGGGUAUGAUGAGAAGUGUGAUAUAUGGUCUCUAGGAUCUGUUCUGUACGAGCUUUGCACACUCAGGCCUUUGGCUGACGACUUUCCAAUGCUGAAGCAGACUGGUCACGGAUUUACCGGAGUGACCUCUAUCCAGCCCACGGGCCUAGACCUUUCCAAUGUGUCAACUGACGCUGAUGGUACUGUCUACUCUGUAGAGCUACUUACGUUUAUCAACCUCCUUUUGCUACCAUCGCCAAGGACAAGACUUGGAGCAAAGGAUCUUCUUCAGGUCCCCGAGAUAAAAGCACUGUGGGCAACUCCCGAUACAAGCAACGAUGAUGAUCCAGAAGGUGUUGUCGUUUAUGCCCCCAUGCUUGGCACUGGAACAGUUGGCAAUGAUGGCGACAGUGGUCUUAAUAUGCCAUCUAUUAGUGGUGCAGGUUUCCCCUUUCCACAAGAAUCGCCCCAUGGAUUAACCAAGACUGUGGACACCGAGAUAAAAGCAUACCGGGUCGAAAGGACAGAAGAAAGUGAGAGUGGCAUUAGUGUCGCCGGAAUCCGGCCGUCCCUAUGA